AUGGCUGCGCUGACGGACCACGAGACGUCCGACCCGGGGCUCAUCGAGAUCUCGACGGACGUACACGCCGGCGGCCUGGCAUCCGUAGUGAGCGACGAGUACGGCACCUUCGAGGUGUCCAUGAUCGAGGUGGACCCGGAGUUCGACGCGCUGGGCGGCGGCCGCAAGCCCGGCCCGAGUCUCUGCGAGCGCGCGUGCUUCAUGUGCUCGGAGGAGUGCGUCUUCCUGUGGCUGCUGCUGUCCGCGCCCUUCCAAGUCGCCACGUACAAGACGCUGCUGUUCCACGCCGCCAACUUCUUCUUCUCACUGGCCGCGUGCGUCGCCAUCGCCGCGCUGUACGCCGCCAAACUGCCCAUGUCCAUCGCCGCCCCGUGCGUUGUCAGUUUCCGCCGCUUGGAGACGCGGACGCUGCGGCAUCUGCUGCACUUGGACUGCGCGCUGUUCAACUUCGUGGCGCCGCGCGGCGAGCGCGUCAUGGUCUACGCGCCGUCCGUCCACAUGCAGCAGCAGGAGAGGGGGCUCUACGGCAUCUACGCGCAGCUCUACCUGGGCGGCCUCAAGCUGCUGUGCACGGGCGUGCCGGGCGCCAUCGCCGCCGUCAUGUUCGUCUGGGCGCUGCAGAACGUCGUGGCGCUGGCGCUGCAGCUCGGCGGCGACUCGCAGCCGGACGCGAGCAGCAUCAACGGCCACUCGCUGAGCCCGAGCCACGAGCUGGACGCGAUAACGCUUGUGGCAAUCGUGGCCGUCUACGCCUGCGUGCUGCUGCUGCACGUCUUCGCCUUCAUCUCGCGGCAGUUCAGCAUCUUCUUCUGCUCGCAGUAUCUGCUCUACGCUGGAGGCGUGUAGUGAUGGCGGCAUUUAGGUUUUAGACGCUGUAGUACGAGAAGCCCAAUAGGAAUUAUUAAUAAUUCGAGGCUUCGAAUAUGUGGUCCACAUAAAAAGUAGGUACUGAACCAAU